AUGGCGAUGUUGAGGCAGGUUUACAACCUGAUGUUCAAGAGAACUUCCACCUUCGCGCUGAGCAUUGUGCUGGGCACCAUUUUCUUCGAGAUGGUUUUCGACCAAGCUGGAGAUGCUGUGUUUGAGCACAUUAAUUGGGGGAAACUCUGGAAAUGCAUCAAACACAAUUAUGAGAAUAAUGAGGAAGAAUAA